UGUGAAUGACAUUGAAUAUGCUUCCAGCAUGAGCCUUUUUGGCAGGAGGCCCAGCCAAGACUUAACUGUGGCUUCUGCUCCAUCUGGGGACUGUUGGGGCUCAAUGAGUUACACAAUCCUAGUUAUUCUCAAAAUUGAGUCAUGGCUGUGCUCCCCAGUGGCACAGCUCUGAAAACAAAUUGGGACGAUGGGAGGCGAGCCUGCUAGAUUAGAGGUGCAGUGCAUUGGAUCAUCCCUCCUACUUUCCGGUUCACCACAUAUGGUCAGUGUCCUAGGUUUUAGAGUAAGGGCCAAAGCAACAGCAUGUGAGGAUUUCACCUUACUGGUGAAGACACACCUGUUCUCAGAGUAGGAGACAGCUUCCAGGAAUAUCAGCAAAAACAAACCACAGGAAAAGACAGAUAAAUUUAACUACAUAAAAAGUCAACCUGAGACUAGCGAGCAAUACAGUCAGGAUGGUUAAAGGUGACCCCAGGAAAUCAAAGGGCAAGACGUCUGCUUAUGCCUUCUUUGUGCAGACGUGCAGAGAAGAAUAUAAGAAGAAAUGCCCAGAGGUCCCUGUCAGUUUUGCAGAAUUUUCCAAGAAAUGCUCUGAGAGGUGGAAGACAAUGUCCGGGAAAGAGAAACCUAAAUUUGAUGACAUGGCAAAGGCGGAUAAAGUGCGCUGUGAUCAGGAAAUGGAGGAUUAUGGACCAGCCAAGGGAGGCAAGAAGAAGGAUCCUAAUACCCCCAAAAGGCCACUGUCUGGAUUCUUCCUGUUCUAUUCAGACAAGUCCGCAAACCCUGGCAUCUCUAUUGGAGACGUGGCAAAAAAGCUGGGUGAGAGGAGGAAUAAGCUAAAUGACAGGGCAAAGCUGAAGGAGAAGCACAAGAAGGGCGUUGCUGACAAGCUGAGAAUGAAGCGGAGAGCAUCAGACAGAGGAGCUGGGGAAACGUCGGCCAGGGCCAAGGCUCUAGGAAGUGGGAUUUCUGGAAAUAAUGCAAAGAGAGCUGGACCAUUCAUCCUUGGUCCUCGUCUGGGCAACUCACCGGUGCCAAGCAUUGUGCAGUGUUUGGCAAGGAAAGAUGGCACGGAUGACUUCUAUCAGUUGAAGAUCCUGACCCUGGAGGAGAGGGGGGACCAAGGCAUAGAGAGCCAGGAGGAGCGGCAAGGCAAGAUGCUGCUGCACACCGAGUACUCUUUGCUGUCUCUCCUGCACACGCAGGACGGCGUGGUACACCACCACGGCCUCUUCCAGGACCGCACCUGUGAAAUCGUUGAAGACACGGAAUCCAGCCGAAUGGUUAAGAAGAUGAAGAAGCGCAUCUGCCUCGUCCUGGACUGCCUCUGUGCUCAUGACUUCAGCGACAAGACCGCUGACCUUAUCAACCUACAGCACUACGUCAUCAAGGAGAAGAGGCUCAGUGAGCGGGAGACUGUGGUCAUUUUCUACGACGUGGUCCGUGUGGUGGAGGCACUGCACCAGAAAAACAUCGUGCACAGAGACCUGAAGCUGGGGAACAUGGUGCUCAACAAGAGGACACAUCGGAUAACCAUCACCAACUUCUGCCUCGGGAAGCAUCUGGUGAGCGAGGGGGACCUGCUGAAGGACCAGAGGGGGAGCCCUGCCUACAUCAGUCCCGACGUGCUCAGCGGCCGGCCAUACCGCGGCAAGCCCAGUGACAUGUGGGCCCUGGGCGUGGUGCUCUUCACCAUGCUGUAUGGCCAGUUCCCUUUCUACGACAGCAUCCCUCAGGAGCUCUUCCGCAAGAUCAAGGCUGCCGAGUACACCAUCCCUGAGGAUGGACGAGUUUCUGAGAACACGGUGUGUCUCAUCCGGAAGCUGCUGGUCCUUGACCCCCAGCAGCGCCUGGCCGCCGCCGACGUCCUGGAGGCCCUCAGUGCCAUCAUUGCAUCGUGGCAGUCCCUGUCAUCUCUGAGUGGGCCGUUGCAAGUGGUUCCUGACAUCGAUGACCAAAUGAGCAAUGCGGAUAGCUCCCAGGAGGCGAAGGUGACUGAGGAGUGCUCCCAGUACGAGUUUGAGAACUACAUGCGGCAGCAGCUGCUGCUGGCUGAGGAGAAGAGCUCCAUCCAUGAUGCCCGGAGCUGGAUGCCCAAGCGGCAGUUCGGCAGCGUGCCCCCAGUGCGGCGGCUAGGCCAUGACGCACAGCCCAUGACCUCCUUGGACACGGCCAUCCUGGCACAGCGCUACCUGCGGAAAUAGCGGCCUCAGCCAGGGCUACCAGCACCGCCGCCACCUCUUCCAGCCCUAGCCAAAGGCCUGGCUGUCAGGGCUGGGCCCUGUAGUGCUGGACUCUCCCAGGCUGCAACAGGAACAGGGCAGGGACAGGGACAGCCCAGGUCACACGUGGGGUCAGCAGAGGUACCACAAAGCUACCUUUUGGUAUGAUUGCUUGAUUGUUUGGUUUUUAAAUCUGAGAAGCCUAGAUAACUAAUCUGCUUUUAAUCAUGAUGUUUUAAUCUACCUCUGUCUCUUUAACCAUGCUGUCUCUGGACUGAGCGAGAGGGAGGAGGAGGGGGCCUGCUCACUCUGCCCCAGGGCCUUCCCCAGCGCCCACCACUUGACCCGGGCACUGCUCCCCACAGUCCAAAUAAGCUGAAAGUGCAGCUCGCUUCAGGCCCCAGAGCGAGCGUCCCCUCCUUCCCUCUCUCCCAGGCCCCUGCCACAGCCUCUUUCCGUCCCCCUCCUUCUGAUCCAGGCCCUCAGUCCAAGCUUUGGAAAACCUUCACCUCAUCUUAAGCCGAACUCAAAUAUAUUUAUUUUUAUACCGUAACCAACGUCUCUCCCAUCUCUAGGUGGCUCAGCCCACGGCCACUCCCUGCCCCCAGCCUGGCUGGACAGCAGGGAGUCCACAGCCCACACGUGGGCUCCCUCCUCACCCCCAGGCAGGGAAGGCCCUCCUGCCGGCCCCUGUCCACUUUCAGCCCGCCAGUCCCUCUCUGCUGCUGGUGAUGGGAGGCCUUUCUAGACCUGGCUCUUUCUCUCCCGUCUCAGUGGCUUCUCUGAGGUGCUGUACACGCGUGUUAACCUUUUCCUUUCUCCAUCCUUCCCCGUGGUACCAAGCUUACAUGGACUCCCGAUGUGAAGGGCCCCAGGGGUCAGGUGGCAGGCCUGGCUGUGAGCAGGGGCCUGCCUGCAUGCUUCCCUGCUCCCACCCUACUCUUGUGUUCAGAGGAUGGUGGGGACAUCUCCCUGUGCCCUUGCCUCAUACUAGAUGUGGAUUCUCUCCCUGUAGACCUUAGCCAGGGUCCUCCAUGGGCAGUGGGGGACUCAGGGGAGAAUCGUAGGGAUUGGGGGACCCUGCAUGCCUGGCUUGAGAACAGCCCUGCUGCCCUUUUGAGCCGAGAUUUUGAAGUGGAUGCCCGUCUUGCCAGAAAUGCUGUUCUCACCAGAAUGCCCUCCCCUCCCCUUUGCCCUCACUGGACUUGGCCCUGCCUGAUGCCAAGCAAAGACCCUUCCCCAGAGGCCUAUGCCCCAUAUGCCCUCAGAAAGGCUGAGUGUCCCCUCCAAGCAGUCAUGAGCCCUGAGCUCCUCCUGCCUGGCCCUGCUCCCCAGUGGGGAAGUGACUGUGUUUCCCAGAGUGCAAGCUGUUCUCCUCCCCCCAAAAAGCUGACUCACUGUGAGUGACCUUGGGCAAGUUCCCAAACCUCCUUGUGCCUCAGUUUCCCCAUCUGGAAAAAAUGGGGCCACCUCUUGCCAGCAGUAGCAGGGCUGCCCACGCCCCUUCCUCCCCAUGCCCCAUCCAGCACUUGGGCACCUCGCCUCUGCCUAGUGGGCCUGUGGGAGAGCCCACCGGAGCCCAGCACUUACUCCCCCUGAGCGGCGAGCCCUGUGUCUGUCUCAGCUGUCCAGCGCUGAGGGCCAGGGUCUUGGGCCGUGGGGCUGGGGGAUGCCCUCUUUUCUAUAUUUAUUUCAUAAACGUCUCCUGAGGGAGCGGAAAUGCAGUCUGGCCUAGGGCUCCCAGCCCUCGACUGUCCCCCGUGAGGGCCUGAGGCUGGGCCAGGGCCCGUCGCGGCAGUGCCCCUGCCCAGCAGCCCACCUGGCCCCUCCAGGCCUGCUGCCCAUGCGUGAUCUCUCUCCUCCUUUUCAAAGCAAUAGCCUCCAGGUCUGCAAAGCCCUGUCAGACAGAUUGGGCCCUUCCAAGGUCAAGCCAUGUGUCUGAUUACAUUUCUGGUGAAGCAAAUGAGAGGAGGAUGGGUCAGCCCUCACUGGGUGUCACACACUGAGAGAAGUCCUAUUGUAAAGAAACAAAACGGAAAAAGUCACAAAAAAGUUUGUAUAAAGACAUAUUUUUGUACUACAUGGGGACUCUUCCUGCAUGUCAGCAAUAAAACUUCCUGAUCUGGGACCA